UCCAUCAGAAUGACUCCUUCUCAGGUUACCUUUGAAAUAAAAGGGACUCUUUUACCAGGAGAAGUUUUUGCAAUAUGUGGAAACUGUGAGGCCUUGGGAAACUGGAAUCCUCAAAAUGCUGUGGCUCUUCUUCCAGAGAAUGAGACAGGUGAAAGCAUGUCAUGGAAAGCAACCAUUGUACUCAGUACAGGAGUAUCAGUUCAGUACCGCUACUUCAAAGGGUACUUUUUAGAACCAAAGACUAUCGGUGGUCCAUGUCAAGUCAUAGUUCACAAGUGGGAGACUCAUCUACAACCACGAUCAAUAACCCCUUUAGAAAGUGAAAUUAUUAUUGAUGAUGGACAAUUUGGAAUCCACAAUGGUGUUGAAACUCUUGAUUCUGGAUGGCUGACAUGUCAGGCUGAAAUAAGAUUACGUUUGCAUUAUUCUGAGAAACCUCCUGUGUCGAUAACCAAGAAAAAAUUUAAAAAAUCUAGAUUUAGGGUAAAGCUGACGCUAGAGGGUCUGGAGGAAGAUGACGAUGAUAGGGUCUCUCCGACCAUUCUUCACAAAAUGUCCAAUAGCCUGGAGAUAGCCUUAAUAAGCGACCAUGAAUUCAAGUGCAGGCAUUCACAGCCAGAGUGUGGCUAUGGCUUACAGCCUGAUCGUUGGACAGAGUACAGUAUACAGACAAUGGAACCAGAUAACCUGGAACUAAUCUUUGAUUUUUUUGAGGAAGAUCUCAGUGAACAUGUAGUUCAGGGUGAUGCCUUUCCUGGACAUGUGGGUACAGCAUGCCUCUUAUCAUCCACCAUUGCUGAGAGUGGAAAGAGUGCUGGAAUCCUUACUCUUCCCAUCAUGAGCAGAAAUUCCAGGAAAACAAUAGGCAAAGUGAGAGUUGACUAUAUAAUUAUUAAGCCAUUACCAGGAUACAAUUGUGACAUGAAAUCUUCAUUUUCCAAGUAUUGGAAGCCAAGAAUACCAUUGGAUGUUGGACAUCGAGGUGCAGGAAACUCUACAACAACUGCCAAGCUGGCAAAAGUUCGAGAAAAUACUGUUGCUUCCUUAAGAAAUGCUGCUAGUCAUGGUGCAGCCUUUGUAGAAUUUGAUGUACACCUUUCAAAGGACUUUGUGCCUGUGGUAUAUCAUGAUCUCACCUGUUGUUUGACUAUGAAGAAGAAAUUUGAUGCUGAUCCAGUUGAAUUAUUUGAAAUUCCAGUAAAGGAAUUAACAUUUGACCAACUCCAGUUGUUAAAGCUUGCUCAUGUGACUGCACUAAAGUCUAAAGAUAGGAAAG